CGUCUGUCAUCAGAAUUCAUCGUAUUUUUAGACAAAGAAACGUGAAACAUCAGAGGAAGAGGACUAGAAAACCGAUGCCGUGGGGAUUGAAAUGUCCAAGACUUCUUCGAAAUCGGGUCGUGGACCGCAUGAUAGCCACCCUCCACCUGGACGAGGUACUCCUGCAGGGACGGGCACAAACGCGACAGAGCAACAAGGGGACCCGCGAACACGCUUCACGACACCUGCUGCAUCCCCGGAGCAGCACGAAACCCCGUAUCCACCUGUCCUGAGCGCAGAUGAAAUCACCGCAAACGGUGGCGAGGGUGGGAUAUCUUCUUCGCCGUCGACCUUGGCUGUCGACCAGCAAGGCAGAAGCAUCGCGCUGCAAGUCGCGAAAGCGUACACAACAGCUACGGGAGGAACACUUGGAUCGUCAGCCCAGGGGCAAGGCCCGCUUCUUCCACCCGGCCGUGUGCGGACUCUCGGU